CAUCCUGGAGCUGCCAUGGGAUUCCGUGGCCCUGUUCCCAGAAUCUUCUAUUCCAAGGACAAUGAAGGCAGCUGGUUCCGCUCACUCUUCGUGCAUAAGGUGGAUCCCCGGAAGGACGCUCACUCCACCCUCCUGUCCAAGAAGGAGACCAGCAGCCUCUACAAAAUCCAGUUUCACAAUGUGAAGCCCGAGUGUCUGGAUGCCUACAACAGCCUGACGGAGGCCGUGCUGCCCAAGCUGCACCUGGAUGAGGACUACCCCUGCUCGCUCGUGGGCAACUGGAACACGUGGUAUGGGGAGCAGGACCAGGCAGUGCACCUGUGGCGCUUCUCCGGCGGCUACCCCGCGCUCAUGGACUGCAUGAACAAGCUCAAAAACAACAAGGAGUACCUGGAGUUCCGGAAGGAGCGGAGCCAGAUGCUGCUGUCCAGGAGGAACCAGAUGCUUCUCGAGUUCAGCUUCUGGAACGAGCCGCAGCCCCGAGCAGGUCCCAACAUCUACGAGCUGAGGACGUACAAGCUCAAGCCAGGAACCAUGAUCGAGUGGGGCAACAACUGGGCUCGGGCCAUCAAGUACCGACAAGAGAACCAGGAGGCGGUGGGCGGCUUCUUCUCACAGAUAGGAGAGCUCUACGUGGUGCACCAUCUCUGGGCCUACAAAGACCUGCAAUCUCGGGAAGAAACUAGAAAUGCUGCUUGGAGGAAGAGGGGUUGGGACGAAAAUGUCUACUACACAGUGCCCCUGGUGCGACACAUGGAGUCUCGGAUCAUGAUCCCUUUGAAGAUCUCGCCUCUCCAGUGAUGCUGCUGCCUCCGCCGCCGCCUCACUGCCCUUCUCCCUCGGGGCAGCCACGGACAGAGGGGCUCCCAGUCCAGCUGUCUUGGUUUUCUCUCUGAUCUGGAAGGACUCUGGGGGCUAGUGCUCAGCUCAGACAACGGGGAGCUGAGGAUGACAGAGUUCUGAGGACUUUGCAGCUCUGCCUGCCCUGCCCAUCCCUGCCCCUGUGCUGGAAGCAGUUUUUAAUUUCUUUGAAUGAAGAAUAGCAACCUUUUAUGUCUUCUCACAUUCCUCCCCCCCACCCCAAAA